AUGACAGCACUUCAAGGCAACACAUUAAAGAAGAGAAUUACAAGACAAUCAAGGCAGAAACAAGCAUCAUCUUCUACACAAUCAAGGAAAAAACAACCAGCUGUAAAAAGGACCAAUCAUCACCAAGCAUCUUCUCAAUCUAACCAAGCUCCUCAUCCUUCUCACCAACCAGCUCAACCAUCUCAAGCAUCUCAGUUUGAACAAGCAUCUCAAGCUUCUCAGUUUAAACAAGCCUCCCAGUCUCAAGAACCAAAUUCGUCUCAGCCUUUACAAGCUUAUGAACAAAGGAAAAUUAGGUUUAAGUCUCCAGCUAAGAGGAAAGCAUUCUUGGCAAAGUUUCAGCCAUGGAGAUAUUGA